AGAAGCUGCUGUAGCUCCAAGACAAACACGUCUUCUAUUUAUGGUCUUUAUACUUGACAUUUCUGCUAAAAUGUUUCCUCAGCUCCUCAAGGCAUUCGUGAAUGAACGAAUGAAAGCUGCCGCGGAGGAAAUAUUUAAUGUUUUUGAAAGAACAAUAGUUAAAUAUGAGGAGGAAGCUUCUGUUUCAGCGCAGGAGAUCGAGCGACUUCGAGGUCUCCUGGAGCAGCAGACAGAAACCUCUCAGUUUUCUGUCUGUGAAGACAAAAGUCCUCCUGAGUCAUGUCCCAGUGAGCAGGAGCAGAGCGUCAGCGUCCAUCGUGAAGACCCUCAGCCUCGACACAUUAAAGAGGAGGAUAAUGAAUUCUGGACUACUGAGGAAGAGGAGGAAGAAGAGAUGAGAGAAGGGACAUAUACUUUACAACCACCUCAAUCUGAUGUCUGGGAGGAUAAUAAUCAGGACGAUACAAACCCACUGUUGCAAUCUCAGACACAAACCUGCGAACCCACGGACGAGUUUCAGGAGACACAGGAGGCUGAAUCUGUUAAUUUCACUUCACCUCCUGCUUUAACUGCAACUUCACAAAGUGAAAUCGUCAAUGAUGCAGAAGAACCUACUGCAAGUUUUAUUUCAGACCAAAUACAAACAGAACAAACGACCUCAAACAACUACCAAGAAUCCACUGACUUGUCUGAUCCUAACGCUGCCGGAGCUCAGCAUCAGUGCUACUUGUGCAGUCAAUCAUUCUCCUCCACUCAUCAGUUGGUAAAUCAUGCUUUCUGCUUUCAUUCAGAAGAUGCUGGAGUCAAAUGCGCCGUGUGUGGAAGAUCCUAUGAGUCCACAGAGAGCCUCAAUUUGCACCUCAAAGCUCACAAAAACUCAAAAUGUUGUCACAUGUGUGGGAAACACUACAAAAGGAAGAACGACCUGGCUGAGCACAUCGCCGGCCACGCCGGGGUGAAACUGUAUCGCUGCCCACUUUGUGAGAAAGAGUACAGCCGAAAAGGAGACUUAACAAUACACAUGAGGACUCACACGGGGGAGAAGCCUUACUGCUGCCCUUUCUGCAACAAAGGUUACACCAACAGCGGACACCUGAGGAAGCACAUGAGAGGCCACACCGGAGAGAGGCCGCACAGGUGUGAGAUCUGUGGCCGAGGGUUCCUGCAGAGGACACACCUCAUAUCCCACCUGGGGACGCACUCUAACAAAUACUGAUGGAUGCUUUUUUAAUAGAUGCAAAUGAUUUGAAGAUAUAACUUAAAAGUGAAAAAGCAUUGUCAGUGUUAUUGUGUGUC